AUGCUUACGACACCUGUGAACCUGCCUAAGUGGCUUCAAGAAAACUCCCACCUCUUAAAGCCACCUGUUAACAACUACUGCGUUUAUAAUGGCGAUUUUACUGUUAUGAUUGUAGGAGGCCCCAACGCCCGCACCGACUACCACAUCAACGAGACGGCCGAAUGGUUCUACCAGCACAAGGGCGCCAUGAUGCUCAAGGUUGUCGACGACGGCGUCUUUCGUGACAUCAUCAUCCGCGAAGGGGAUAUGUUCCUGCUGCCGCCCAACACGCCACACAACCCAGUGCGCUUCGCCGACACCGUCGGAAUUGUGCUUGAGCAGAAGCGGCCAGCCAACUCGCUCGAUCGCAUGCGUUGGUACUGCCAAAGCGAAGGGUGCGCGGGGCAGAUCGUGCAUGAGGCAGCGUUCCAUUGCACCGAUCUGGGAACACAGAUUAAGGCGGCCGUGGAGGCAUUUAAGGGGGAUGAGGAGAAAAGGAGGUGUGAGAAGUGCGGGCAGUUGGCCGAUUGGUGUCCGAAGCCUGGAUCGAUUCAGGACCCGAACUUGGAGUGA